CCCAACCACCACAUCACUCUCAUCAACCUCCCUUCGACAACAAGUUCCUUCCACUGCUUAUUCAACACUCAAUUGUACAAUGGCAGCUGCAACCAUGGCCCUCUCUUCCCCAUCCUUCGCCGGAAAAGCUGUGAAGCUCUCUCCAUCCGCCCCUGAAAUCCAGGGCAAUGGCCGUGUUUCUAUGAGGAAAACCGGCACCAGGCCUUCCUCUGGAAGUCCAUGGUAUGGCCCAGACAGAGUUUUGUACUUGGGCCCACUCUCUGGUGACCCUCCAUCAUACUUGACUGCGAAGUUCCCCGGUGACUGGUGGGACACUGCUGGGCUCUCUGCUGACCCAGAGACCUUCGCCAGGAACCGUGAGCUCGAAGUCAUCCACUGCAGAUGGGCCAUGUUGGGAGCUCUUGGAUGUGUUUUCCCUGAGCUUCUGGCCAGGAAUGGAGUCAAGUUCGGUGAGGCCGUGUGGUUCAAGGCUGGAUCCCAGAUUUUCAGCGAGGGUGGACUUGACUACUUGGGCAACCCUGGCUUGAUCCACGCUCAAAGCAUCUUGGCCAUCUGGGCCUGCCAAGUUGUCUUGAUGGGAGCUGUGGAGGGUUACCGCAUUGCUGGUGGACCCCUCGGUGAGGUGACUGACCCAUUGUACCCAGGUGGCAGCUUCGACCCAUUGGGUCUUGCUGACGACCCAGAUGCAUUCGCUGAGCUUAAGGUGAAGGAGAUCAAGAACGGCCGAUUGGCGAUGUUCUCAAUGUUCGGAUUCUUCGUCCAGGCCAUCGUCACCGGAAAGGGACCAUUGGAGAAUUUGGCUGACCACCUUGCUGACCCAGUCAACAACAAUGCCUGGGCCUAUGCCACCAACUUUGUCCCUGGAAAGUGAGUGAAAAUCUGCAGCAUGUUAAAAGUGUGAGAAAUGCACCCUCACACUUGAGCGUGAAUUUGAGAGUGGUGUUUUGUGAUGUAGUAGUAAUUAGUAUGGACUAGUAUGGACUGAGAAGAAAGUUUAAACUCUGUGUAAUGCUAGUCUCAGUGAAAUGGAACUUGCAAAUUCUUUUCAA